AUGUUACAAAAAAUAAAAACAAUCUUGAAAUGUAAUACUAAAAGUAAUGCAUAUGAAGAAGUCAUUGAUGAGGCUGAUGAACAGAUGUAUAAAACAUUUGAAAUGGAAGAAAGAAGAAAAUCUCAUAUUUCAAUUAGUGGAUCAAGUCAAACUCAACCUCAUAUUGGUAUGGAGUCAUCAGAGGAAGAUUCUAGUGCUACCAAACUAGCCAGAAGAAGUUCAGUAUUACUUGAUUUAUUUUCAUUAUUUAGAAAAAGUUCAAGUUCAAAUCAAAGAAAUUCAUAUAUUAAGAGUGGUCGUACAUCUAUUAGUGGUGUUGAUGGUUUUGAGGGUGAGGAUACUGAUGAUGAAGAUCCAACACAUAUGUCAAAAGAAAGAUUGAUGGAAGCUAUUAGGCAAAAAAAAGAAAUUAUUGGAAAAGUUAGAUGUCAACCUUGGAAUAUGAAAAGAAAACGGCGAACAUUAAAGGUUGCCCAACACCACCUACAAAGACAGGAAGCCAGAGUUUCUAAAGUAAAUUUAUACAAAGUUGAAGCUGUCAGAAUUUAUCAUGUAGCAGCUAGAUGGUUUGAAAAUUUAAAAAUUUAUUUAAUACCAUGGGAAAAUAAAAUUAAAAGAAUAGAAAGUCAUUUUGGUAGUGUUGUUUCAAGUUACUUUAUUUUUUUAAGAUGGGUAUUAGGUGUUAAUAUAAUAAUAAGUUUAAUAAUGUUAUUAUUUAUUUGUAUACCAGAGUGGUUGGCUGAUAAUAGACUUGAUAUAGAAAGAUAUAAUAAAACACAACAUAUCAAAAUUAUGCCAGAAUCAAUCAAAAAAAAGGCAGAUGAAUUGAGUACUGUUUGGGAUUUUGGAGGAUAUUUUCAAUAUUCAUUACUUUUUUAUGGAUACUAUUCAAGUGAAACAUUUUUUGGUGAUACAGUUCAGUAUAAAGUUCCAUUAGCAUAUUUUGUUGUUAAUCUUUUAAUAUUAGCAUAUUCUUUUUUUGUUAUAUUAAGAAAAAUGGCAUCAAAUGCCAGAAAUUCAAAAAUGGGUGGAUCAAAAGCUGAACAGUAUGUUUUUAAUUGGAAAACAUUUACUGGAUGGGAUUAUACUAUUGGAAAUGCUGAAACAAGUUCUAGUUUAUAUAUGGCAAAUGUUAUAAAAUUCAGAGAAAGUAUUGCUGAAUAUAAUGUAAAAAUUAAAAAAAAAUUUGCCUGGCUUCAACUUGCUGGAAGAAUUUUAGCUAAUGUUAUUAUAAUAAUAAUGUUAGCAUUAUCUGUAUGGGCUAUUAUAGCUGUUAUUCAAAUCAGAGAAAAAGAUACAUUUAUUAAACAAAAUGCUGUUUCAAUUACUGUUUCAUUUAUUACUCUUAUUUUUCCAAAUAUUUUUGAAUUAAUAGGAAAAUUAGAAUGUUACCAUCCACGAAUUGCACUUAGACUCCAAUUAGCCAGAGUAUUAUUUCUUUAUAUUGCGAAUUAUUUUACACUUAUUGUGUCAUUAAUGCUUAUGUUAAAUGCUUUAGAAGAAAGAGGAAAAGCAUCUGAUUAUUUCUUUAUUGAAAGUCAAUUUUCAACUGAUAAUCAUUAUUAUGAAAAUCAAAUUUCAACACCAUUAAUUGGUGAAUCAAAUUUUGAUAAAGAUUUAAAUAAUAGUGAACAUUAUCAAAUUUAUAGUAGACAUAGUAGAGAUAUUAUAAAUAAAACACUUAAUAAUAUAACAACAACAAUAUCACCUUUACAAAAAAUAUGGACAACAGUUUUUCCUAAUUUUGGUCCAAUAGCUGUAUCUAAUCCAAAAGCAAUAAUUUCUCCAAAAUAUACAACAACAGAUGGUAGUGGAAAUAAAUUAAAUGAUAAAAUUGUUUAUGAAUCACGUCCAAUUGGACCAAUAACAUGGGAAAAUAGAAAUAAAACAAUUGAAUCAAUAGUUCUUAAUUAUACAACAUCAAGUGGAAAACAAUUAUUUUCAUAUGGUCAGGGAUCCCGUCAAGGUGACCUUUGCUGGGAAACAUUAAUUGGACAAGAAAUUAUGAAAAUUGUUAAUAUGGAUUUGAUAAUGACUGUCCUAGCAAUAUUAAUAAUUGAUUUUUUACGUGGUUUAUGGGUAAGAUAUUGUAAUACAUGGUGGUGUUGGAAUUUGGAAUGUACCUUUCCAGAGUAUGGUGAAUUUAAAGUAGCUGAAAAUGUUCUUCAUUUAGUUAAUAAUCAAGGAAUGAUAUGGUUAGGAUUAUUUUUUGUCCCUAUGUUACCAGUUAUAAAUAAUAUAAAAUUAAUUAUUUUAAUGUAUAUUAGGGGAUGGGCAGUAAUGACAUGUAAUGUCCCAGCCAGGCAAAUAUUUAGAGCAUCAAGAAGUUCCAAUUUUUAUUUAAUGCUUCUUCUUUUAAUGUUAUUUUUAUGUACAUUACCGGUAGGUUUUGUUAUUGCAUCAAAAAAACCAAGUAAAAAUUGUGGACCAUUUGGAAAUCAACCAAGAUUUUAUAGUAUUAUACAAACAAUGAUGAAAAACAAUUUAAAUAAAAGUUUAUUUGGUAUUGUUGAAUAUAUAAUGUCUCCAGGAAUUGUUAUACCAAUUAUUUUACUUUUAAUGUUAACAAUAUAUUUUUUAUUUGCAUUAGUAAGAGGAUUAAAAGAGGCAAAUACUGAUUUAUCAGAACAAUUAAUGCAUGAAAGAACUGAAGAAAAAAAAAAGAUAUUUGAAUUAGCUGGAGGUGGUAGGAGAAAACAUGGUAAAAAAGAUAAUAAUAGAAGAAAAUCAAGAUCUAAAAAUAGAAAAGAAACAACAAAAGGUAAAAAAGUUUUGUUAUCAAGUGAUGAUGAAAGUGGAAAUAAAAGUCAUUCAUCUAUUGUUAAAGGUGGACAUAGUAAAUAUUUUAUUCCAAGUUUAGGGAGUGUUAAUGAAGAUGACAGAGAAGGUGAUGAGAUACAACAACGUCUUUUACAAGAAAAUGAAUUUGAUGAAAAUGGAUUUUUAAAAGAACCAUCAUCCAUCAAAUUAAGAGAAUUUACUUUAAAAGAAAAGUUACUUAUUUGUAUUGGAAUGGCUGAUCCAAAAGAAAUACGAGAAAAAGAUAGAAUGGAAGAAUUAAAAGUUCAAGAAAAUUAUAGAGCUCUUAUAUCUGAAAAUUUUAAUAAACCAGAAGGGCAUAAAGGUAGUAAUAGAGAUAUUAAUAAAUCAGAAAGUGAAAUAAAUGAACGUAAUAGAGAGGAAAGAAUUGGUUCACCAGAUAGAAAAAGUGAUAUUACAGAAUAUCAAACACUUGAAAUUGAAAAUGAAGAAGAUGACAUGAGUAAGGUUAAAAAUGUUUCUGGUGAAGAUAGUAAAAUAAUAGUAGAUUAUGCUACCCCUCCAUCAUCUUAUCAUGAAGCAAUUAAAAAUAGUAAAACAGAUAUUUUUUUUAAUAAAGAUAUUAUUACUUCUGAUAAUAGUACUACAGAUAGUAAUGGUAAUAAAAAAACAACUAAAGAAAGUCAUGGAACACAUAAACGUAAAAAAAGAUCACCUAAAUUUAGUACACCAGAUGACAGGACAAUCUUAAGAAUGUCAAAAGAAGAGGAAGAUUAUAGUGAUGAUGAAAGAAGUGAUCAAUCAAUAAAAGAACAAAGUACAAUGUUUAAUCAAAAUUAUUCUAAUGGUGAAAUAUUUAAUAAUAAUGAUAAUAAAAAUAAUAAUAUAGAGGAAGUAGAACAUCCAUUAAUGAAAAUAUCUACUAGAAGUAAAAGUAAAGAUAAAUUGAUAUUAAUGACCUCAUCACAAAGAAUUAAAAGUGACAGUUCUUUAACCAAUCAAAUGUUAACUAGCCAAGAUAAAAUACCAAGUAUUGCUUCAGAUAAUCAAAUUGUCUAUCAAUUAAUGAAUUCACAAUACCAAUCAAAAGUUAGUAAUGAUAAUAAUAAUAAGCAACAAAUAAAUCAAUCAAUGUAUUCUUCAUCAAGUUCAGGAAAUGGUGUAAUGAAUUCAUAUAUGGCUGCAAUGCAAAGGCCUAUUAUUCCAACAAGUGAUGAGUCAUUUGCAAGUAUGGGUGGUGAUUGGAUAAAAAAAAUUUCUAGUAAUGCUGAAAAAUAUAAUCCUAAUUUAAAUCAAAAUACUCAAUAUAGUAGAAAAAUGGGAUAUGAUAAUCCAAUGAAUUUGAUGUCAGUAUCAGCAGAACUUCCUGCUAUCACUGUUCAAAAUACUACUGAUGAGAAGGAUAAAAAAAAUGAUAAACCUAAAAGUACUGUUUCACCAAAUAGAGGAAGAACAUCAUCACCAGAUAAACCAAAUUUUACUCCAAGAUUUAGGAUAUCAGCAUCACCACCUCGUCGAAUAAGUCGUUACUCACAGGCAAAUGCACAAAAACCAGGAUCACCAUCAACAAAGAAACGCCAAUAUAUAAUGCGUGUAGAGGGUAUAUUAACAUCAGACUCAGAACGUGAAACUUCACCCGGCCAACCAUAUUGGCCAUCAAAAGGAUUAAGAAAAAAUCAUUUAAAUGAUAGUUUUAUAAAAGAUAACUCAUCUGAUAGAAAUAAACGAAGCAGUUCAAAAAAUUCAAGAUCACCAAGUCUUGGUAAACAAACACUUGUAUAA